AUGGACUCUCAGAUGGUGAGGAUGACAGAAGAAGAAAAGGAAAACAAGAAAAUGAGUGUAAGGGUCAACAGCUGUUGUAGCUGCAUUCAUCCAUCAAAGCCUGCCACGUCGCAAUUUUACGGCGCGGCACGGUCGCUGGUCACCUUGCGCCAUCCCGGGCUGCAUGUCAUCCCCUACGCCGCCAUGGUGCGAAUAUACAAGGGUACACGAGCCGAUGCUUGCUGUUCCUAUUCCAAUAUUGGAAGAGAACCCGCAGUCAGCCAGCCCCUUACUGAGUCCCCCUGGUCUGCAGAGGAUCAUGCCAAUUGCAUUAAUCCAAGUUUUGCCCACAACUUGGUCUCAGUCUAA